AUGUGGGCCCUUGCAAGCUUCCUCGCCGUAGCACCCCUUUGGGUGUCUUCGGGAUCCGCCUCCUCCCUGGCUGAUUUGGCCCUCUCCAAAGUUCUCGACACUGCGUCGCCAAUUUUCGGAGACUAUGUCAAAGAAACCACAGCUAACGCUGAGUGGAUGAAGAAUUAUGCCGACAGCACGUUGCUGGUUCACAUGAACAUCCCAGGCACCCACGACAGCGCCACAUGGAACUAUACUCAAGCCACUCAGGAUAGCCUUUUGGGUAUCACUGACCUCAACCAGGUCACUGUACCGGCUCCAGAAACGUUCCGCUGCCAGGAACUGUCAUUCGUCGACAUGCUCAACCGUGGUAUCCGGGCAUUUGACAUCCGUUAUGCCUUUGAUCCAACCAACACCACACUGGUCUUCUAUCAUUCCGAGGCCCUCCUUUCCGAGAUCGCUACUGUCGACGAUGUCCUGUAUGGAUUCUACCAAUGGUUGGAUGACCAUCCUUCCGAGACCCUCUUCUUGUCCUUCCAGUACGAAGGAUCAACCGCACUCUACGCGUCGAACGACGCAGCGGUUCAAUUGAGCUUGUUCAACUCCUUGACUUCUACUGCCGCUCGAAAGUACUUUGUCCAGACCAAGGGCGAGCUGGGAACUCUCGGUGAAGCUCGUGGCAAAAUCACUCUCAUGCGUCGAUUCGAUCUGGACCAGCUGCCUGCAUCCUACACCGAUGCCAUGCCCGGCCUGCACUUUUCUCCAAGCCUUUGGACCGAUGACUCCGCUGAUAUUACUUUGGUAUACAAUACCGAGAAGAACCUCACUGCCUAUAUUGAGGACUACUACGAGCCUCUUACCCCAACAGGCUCCAACGCUACUGAGAACAUCCAGUGGAAGUACAAUGCAACCGUUGGAAACAUUCUCAAGGCUACCGCCGAGCACCCUUCUAGCUUGUUCUGGACUUGGGCCUCCAGUGAAAACACCGACAACACCCCACCGGACUGGCCUAAGAUCAUGGCCGUCGGAAAUGGUACUGCCUAUACUCCAUUGGGUGGUGUAAACCAGCGAUUGGUCCCUUUCCUGCGCGAGCAGAAGGGCAAACGCCUUGGAAUCGUUAUGUUUGAUUUCUUUGACCAGCCAUCUAACUUGAUCGAUACUUUCUUGAGUGUUUAG